UUCAGAAGAGUCGGUCUAGGAAGCAAAUAGGGAGUGGAGCGAGGAUUUGGGCGAUAAGUUUGAGAGAAAAUAUAUUCAUAGUUAGUGCCUUAGAUUUGCAUGUGGCUUUUAAAUCUCUCUUUUUUUUUUUUUGGAACGAAAGAUUGAAAAUUUAAAACUGGCUAUUUUCACUAUAUAUUUGAUCUGAUCUGUCUCUCAGACAAGAAAUUUUGGUUGGAGAAAAAUCUGAAACUCUUGAUACUCAAUAUCUCUCUCUCUCUCUUUUUCUCUCUCUCUCUCUGCUCGUGUUCUUCAUGGAAAUUAAGUUGGCUGUGCUCCUGGGUUUGUUCCUUUAACCGAUCUUCACUUCAUUGCCAGCGAGAUUUUGGGUAAAUCUUGUUUUUUUGAACUUCUGUUCAUGUUAACUUUCUCUUCAGGUUCUCCUCUUUUUUAUUUUAUUUUUAUUUCUCUAUUUUCGAAGUUGUUGUAUCAAAACAUUUUUGAGUAUCUCUCUCGAAGUUUGUGCAUCUGGGUAUGUUUACAAAAGGUUCCUUGCUUGUCCUGUUUGAUCAUAAGAUAAGAAGAACAGCGCAGCAGGAGCAGGAGCGUGGUGUGAUGGAUGACAGCAUGGAAAACCAAAAAUUUUUAGAUGGGAAAUCAACCAGAAUGGCACUAGAAGAUCAUAGCCAGAAAGGCAGCAAUAGUGCUAGUAGUAUUGCUGGUGGUGAUGGAAAUCUAGCGAGAUCUUCCAAGAAGCAAAAACCUAAAAAGGUACCACAAAGAGGCCUUGGUGUGGCGCAGCUUGAAAAGAUCAGGCUCGAGGAACAACAAAAGAAAGAUGCAGCUGCAAUUUUGCCUUCUUCACCAUCAACUAUCUUGUCCCAAACAAAAUCUCCAUACUUUUCUGUACCAUUUCCAGGCUAUCAUAACCCCCCAAAUCACCCUUCUUCUUCUUGUUCCUCUUCUUCAAUCCCAUUUUCAUCUGAUCAUUCUUCCUCAAGUUCAAUGCUUAGGCCACCUCCACUUCUACAAAAUGUUGAUGGUGUUGGUACAGACACUGCUCCAUUUACUAAUUCCAUUGGCUGGUCACCUGUUCCACUUCAGGGAAAUGCUAAUGGUGUGCCUAAAUUGUGGAGUCCUUGCGAGUAUAACCUCGAGAAGGAGAGUUCAGGGGUGGAUCCAGGUUUGGCUUGCCGGUCAAAUUUGAUUGUGCCUUAUGAAUUGAAUCCCAUUUGGCCUCUGCCUAGCUUGAUACAGAAAGCACAGCAAUGUCAGCGAGCUUAUUCUAUGGUGAAUGCAUCAUCGGCAACUUCAGCAUCAUCAUCAUCAUCAACACAAUCAUCAUCUCUCUUAAACAAUUUCCAGAUAGAGCCCCCUUCAAACCAAAGCUAUUAUAGCAAUUAUACAUCUCCUUGGCCAGAAGAGGAAAAGAUGGUUGGCUUCAAGAGGUCAUAUCCAUUCUCUCUAGACAAUUCUUCUGGCCCUUUAUUUGACUGCAAAUUUCCUCCUCUUGUUCACCAUCCCAUCAAUAAAUCAAGCGAACAAGCUUCACAUUGCAAUGGAGGCUCAGUUUAUCUUGAAUCAGGAAAUCAAAUUUUCAGAGACAGCCUUACAUGUCCAACUUCAAUGUCAGAGUUGUAUUCAAAACAAAGCAACAGAGAAAGUGGAAGUUCCAAUAGAGAUUUUCUCACAUUAGCUCCUCCUACAAUCUCAAAUAUCAAGCACAUAUCACCUGCUAAUCUUGGCUACAACAAUCAUGAAUAUCCUGAUUUUGAAUCACCACCUUACCAAGUAAGCACAGAAGAUUCGAUCAUCAAGCAAGGACCUAGUCAAUCAAAUCAACAGCAGCCUUAUUUUAGCUUCUUCCCACCAGCAGCGAAGCAGAUUGACCCAGCAGCAAGUAGCAGUGUUAGCAAUUGUAAUGUCGGUGAAGUAGGAGAAGGUGUUGAUCUGAAUUUGAAGCUCUAGGUGGUUAAAAUUGUUCUCUUUCUCAUUUACAGCCUUUUGAAUGGCCAUUUUAUUUCACUAUGAAACUCUGUACUAGCAGCAAUACCAGUUUCUUUUCCAUUUUCCUUUGUUAUAUUUCCAUUUGACAUGUAGGUGAACAAUUAAACAUACCCAGAUCUUGCAUAUAUAUAUAAGCUUGAAUUUGAAAGAGGAACCCAAAUCUUGGCAAUAGAAGUUUUGAAUGCCUCAGGGUUUUUGCCAGUU